AUGGAGGAUGAAGCUGUCCUGGACAGAGGGGCUUCCUUCCUUAAGCAUGUGUGUGAUGAAGAAGAAGUAGAAGGCCACCACACCAUCUAUAUUGGGGUCCAUGUGCCGAAGAGCUACAGGAGAAGGAGACGUCACAAGAGAAAGACAGGGCACAAAGAAAAGAAGGAAAGGGAGAGAAUCUCUGAGAACUACUCUGACAAGUCAGAUGUGGAAAACGCUGAUGAGUCCAGCAGCAGCGUCCUCAGACCCCUGAUCUCUCCCGCUGCGGAACGCAUCCGAUUCAUCUUGGGCGAGGAGGAUGACAGCCCAGCACCCCCUCAGCUCUUCACCGAACUGGAUGAACUGCUGGCUGUGGAUGGCCAGGAGAUGGAGUGGAAGGAGACAGCGAGGUGGAUUAAGUUUGAAGAAAAAGUGGAACAGGGUGGGGAGAGAUGGAGCAAGCCCCACGUGGCCACAUUGUCCCUUCACAGCUUAUUUGAGCUGAGGACGUGUAUGGAGAAAGGAUCCAUCAUGCUUGACAGGGAGGCUUCUUCUCUCCCACAGUUGGUGGAGAUGAUUGUUGACCAUCAGAUUGAGACAGGCCUAUUGAAACCUGACCUUAAGGAUAAGGUGACCUAUACUUUGCUCCGGAAGCAUCGGCAUCAGACCAAGAAAUCCAACCUUCGAUCCCUGGCUGAUAUUGGGAAGACAGUCUCCAGUGCAAGUAGGAUGUUUACCAACCCUGAUAAUGGUAGCCCAGCCAUGACCCACAGGAAUCUGACUUCCUCCAGUUUGAAUGACAUUUCUGAUAAACCAGAGAAAGACCAGCUGAAGAAUAAGUUCAUGAAAAAACUGCCACGUGAUGCAGAAGCUUCCAAUGUGCUUGUUGGGGAGGUUGACUUCUUGGAGACUCCUUUCAUUGCCUUUGUCCGGCUGCAGCAGGCUGUCAUGCUGGGUGCCCUCACCGAGGUCCCUGUGCCCACAAGGUUCUUGUUCAUUCUCUUAGGUCCUAAGGGGAAAGCCAAGUCCUACCAUGAGAUUGGCAGAGCCAUUGCCACCUUGAUGUCUGACGAGGUGUUCCAUGACAUUGCUUAUAAAGCAAAAGAUAGGCAGGACCUGAUUGCUGGCAUUGACGAGUUCCUAGAUGAAGUCAUUGUCCUUCCACCUGGGGAAUGGGAUCCAGCGAUCAGGAUAGAGCCUCCUAAGAGUCUUCCAUCAUCUGACAAAAGAAAGAAUAUGUACUCAGGUGGAGAGAACGUUCAGAUGAAUGGGGACACGCCCCAUGAUGGAGGCCAUGGAGGUGGAGGACAUGCCGAUUGUGAGGAAUUGAAGCGAACUGGACGGUUCUGUGGUGGACUAAUUAAGGACAUAAAGAGGAAAGCACCAUUUUUUGCCAGUGAUUUUUAUGAUGCUUUAAAUAUUCAGGCUCUUUCAGCAAUUCUCUUCAUUUAUCUGGCAACUGUAACUAAUGCUAUCACUUUUGGAGGACUGCUUGGGGAUGCCACUGACAACAUGCAGGGCGUGUUGGAGAGUUUCCUGGGCACAGCUGUCUCUGGAGCCAUCUUUUGCCUCUUUGCCGGUCAACCACUCACUAUUUUGAGCAGCACAGGACCUGUUCUAGUUUUUGAGAGGCUUCUGUUUAAUUUCAGCAAGGACAAUAACUUUGAUUAUUUGGAAUUCCGCCUUUGGAUUGGCCUGUGGUCAGCCUUCCUGUGUCUCAUUUUGGUGGCCACCGACGCCAGCUUCUUGGUUCAGUACUUCACUCGCUUCACUGAGGAGGGCUUCUCUUCUCUGAUUAGCUUCAUUUUUAUCUACGAUGCUUUCAAGAAGAUGAUCAAGCUAGCCCAUUAUUACCCCAUCAACUCUGACUUCAAAGUGGGCUACAAUACUCACUUUUCCUGUGCCUGUGUGCCACCUGACCGAGUUAAUAUCUCCUUAUCUAAUGACACUGCAUUGGCUCCGGAAGAUUUGCCAACUAUUUCUUCUACUGACAAGUACCAUAAUGCUACCUUUGACUGGGCAUUUCUGUCAACGAAGCAGUGUUUGAAAUCUGGAGGAAAGCUCAUGGGGAACAAUUGUGAAUUUGUUCCUGAUAUCACACUCAUGUCUUUCAUCCUCUUCUUGGGCACCUACACCUCUUCUAUGGCUCUGAAAAAGUUCAAAACUAGUCGUUAUUUUCCAACCACAGCAAGGAAACUGAUCAGUGACUUUGCCAUUAUCUUGUCCAUUCUCAUCUUUUGUGUAAUAGAUGCUCUGGUAGGUGUGGAUACUCCAAAACUACUUGUGCCAAGCGAGUUCAAGCCAACAAGUCCAAACCGGGGUUGGUUUGUUCCACCCUUUGGAGGAAACCCCUGGUGGGUGUACCUUGCAGCUGCUAUCCCAGCUUUGUUGGUCACCAUUCUGAUUUUCAUGGACCAGCAAAUCACAGCUGUGAUUGUAAACAGGAAAGAACACAAACUCAAGAAAGGAGCUGGAUAUCAUCUGGACCUCUUUUGGGUGGCUAUCCUCAUGGUGGUGUGCUCCUUCAUGGCUCUUCCGUGGUACGUGGCUGCUACCGUCAUCUCUAUUGCUCACAUCGACAGUUUGAAGAUGGAGACGGAGACUUCUGCACCUGGAGAACAACCAAAAUUUCUAGGAGUGAGGGAACAAAGAGUCACUGGAACCCUUGUGUUUAUUCUGACUGGUCUGUCAGUCUUUAUGGCUCCCAUCUUGAAGUUUAUUCCCAUGCCUGUACUCUAUGGCGUGUUCCUGUAUAUGGGGGUAGCAUCCCUUAAUGGUGUGCAGUUCAUGGAUCGCCUGAAGCUGCUUCUGAUGCCCCUGAAGCAUCAGCCUGACUUUAUCUACCUGCGCCAUGUCCCCCUGCGCAGAGUCCACCUGUUCACUUUCCUGCAGGUGUUGUGUCUAGCCCUGCUCUGGAUCCUCAAGUCAACUGUGGCUGCUAUCAUUUUUCCAGUCAUGAUCUUGGCUCUUGUAGCUGUCAGAAAAGGCAUGGACUACCUCUUCUCCCAGCACGACCUCAGCUUCCUUGAUGAUGUCAUUCCAGAAAAGGACAAGAAAAAGAAGGAGGAUGAGAAGAAAAAGAAAAAGAAGAAAGGAAGUCUGGACAGUGACAAUGAUGAUUCUGACUGCCCAUACUCAGAAAAAGUUCCAAGUAUUAAAAUUCCAAUGGACAUCAUGGAACAGCAACCUUUCCUAAGUGAUAGCAAACCUUCCGACAGAGAAAGAUCACCAACAUUCCUUGAACGCCACACAUCAUGCUGAUAAAAUUCCUUUCCUUCAGUCACUCGGUAUGCCAAGUCCUCCUAGAACUCCAGUAAAAGUUGUGCCUCAAAUUAGAACAGAACUUGAGCCUGAAG